GCUAUCUUAUGAAAAACCAACUAUGUAUUUUCGACUCUUGGAUUACUAAAAACUGGUCGGUAUGUUUUUCAUGGCAAUCCCCUGAUGGGCUCAUUGAUUUAAAAAAAGUAUUCAAAAAUGUUUCAGAUGAGAAAUUAUGUGUUUCUGAUUGUUCUGUAAUCGAAUUCAAUACACAUCCAGUUCAUGAAGUCACUGUUGAAGAAUUUAUUUCGUAUUGGAAUAAUAAAGCUCAAGGAAAAGAUGAUCGCAUUCUAUAUUUGAAAGAUUGGCAUUACUUUAAGAAAAGUUCAGAAAACAGUUGGUUCACGUUGCCUGAAUAUUUUUCUUCUGAUUGGUUAAAUGAGUUUUGGAGCCUACGAAAUGAUCUCUCUGAUGACUUCAAAUUUUUAUAUGUAGGGAGUCAUGGAACGUGGACACCUUUUCACGCUGAUGUGUACCGUUCUUUCAGUUGGUCUGCCAAUAUACUUGGCCACAAGCGUUGGUGGAUUUUUCCCCCUGGUGAAGAAAGAAAGCUCUUAUUACCUAAUGGACAAAUUCCUUUUGAUAUACGCUCCGUUAUAAAAGACAGGAAAGAUGUGAAGUAUUAUGUAAUCGACCAAUAUUCUGGGCAAGCAGUUUUCGUACCUUCUGGAUGGUAUCAUCAGGUUGUAAAUAUGACCGAUUGUAUAUCUAUAAACCAUAAUUGGUUCAAUGCUACAAAUGUAAGUCAUGUUUGGGAUCAUUUACAAGAUCAAUUAAAAGCUGUUGAAGCGUCAACUAAAGACGUAUCUUCUAUUCCUGGAUGGCAUGAAGAGUGUCAGAUUUGUCUACGAGCAUACGCUGGAAUAAAUUUCAAAGAGUUCUUCUCAAUAUUGAAGUAUAUUUUAAUAACUCGUUGGCCAAGAAGUAGUUCUAAUGAUGAUGAUGAUGUUAGUUCAUUUCUGAAAAAAUGCAAAUCUAUGCAGUAUGCAUCAUUGGAUGUGCUCAAUAAUACUAUGGAUGAUGAACUAACUAAUUUGAUUGAAAAAAAUUUAAAAAUAUUUCAAACUGCUUUAAAAAAUCCUCUCCUUUGGAGAGAGUAUUAUACGACAGGUGUUAAGACAUCUACUUGGAUACGUAUGCAUGAUUUUUGUGUGGUAAUACAAAUCACCAAGGAAUUUGUUCACCAUCAGAUUGUUAAUACUCUACAUCUUUGUAAUGGUGUUUUACAGUCAUUUUGGAGUAGUCUUUAAUUAUAUGUAUAUGUAUAAAAAGUGAAUUUCAACAUCUACUAAUAUUUUCAGAUUUCAUUUAUCAUGUAUUUAUCGCUUAUUAUUCAUUUAAUACUUUCUAUUGUUUUAGUCAUUGUAAUAUUUUCAACAGCUUAUGUGGAUUUACUUAUUGUAAAACAAAUUAAAUUUCCCCUAUCUGAUGAGCGAAUGCGCAUUGUUUUUCAUUAUCCAAUAUAAUCAAUAUUAGCUAA